AGGAACCCUGGAGAGGCGGAACGGAUGUGUCCCGCUCUGGGCGGAAGUCGAUGUUCCGGGAGGAAGUGUGCAUGCCCUUUACCGCUCCCCCUGUCAUCACACAUUGCAAUGUCCUCUUUGCUGUCCUGUGUGCGGUGUGUGGCGGUGCUGGGGCCCCGGUACACCCAGGUGAGGGGGGUGAAGCGAUGGCUCCGGCCUUAUCUCAUGAUGCUGGAGAGGAAGAAGCGGCUGGAGGAGCCCCCGAAGCCGGUGCCGAGGUACCAGCAGCCACACUUUGACUAUCAUGCAGAAAUUAUGGCUUUUUCCAAACGUCUAAAUGAAUCCUUUUCCACUGAUCUACUAAAAACUGCAUUUGUGAACCAUUCCUAUGUGGUAAAAGAAGAAAAGGAGCGUAGUGAGCUUGGCUUAGACAAUGAAACUGCAACCUUGAAUCUACAAGACAACAGAGAGCUUGCACAACAUGGUUUGGACUUCACAGUGUCUUAUCUUACAAGUACAAUACAGCAGGCCUUCCCUAACCUUCCCACUGUUGGAGUGAAAGCUUUAGUUGACUACCUCACCUGCCAGCAGGUUUUGUGUCAUAUCGCUAAACAUCUUGGUGUUGAGGACCUAACGUUGAGCUCAGAAUGUCCUUUGUCUCCAGAGACCCUACAAAAUACCUUCUAUGGAGUCAUUGGAGCCCUGCUGCAGAGCUCUGGUGCCCAUGCAGCCGGAAUAUUUCUCCAGGAUUUCCUCAUCUCUGAACUGAUUGGCAAGGAUCUGUUUGAUAUUUGGUCUGUUAUGGAUCCUAUGUCUUUGUUGGUUGAACAACUGUCAAAGCGAAAUGUACCACCUCCUGAACCCAGGCUUACAAAGCAAUCUGGAGCCAGCACUGUGCUGCCUGUUUAUUUUGUGGGCCUCUAUUGCAAUAAGCAGCUGAUUGCAGAAGGACCAGGAGAGACCAUUUUUGCUGCAGAAGAGGAGGCAGCUCGGGUAGCUUUAAGGAAGAUGUUUGGAUUUGCAGAAAACAGACGGCCUUGGGAUCACUCUACAAGCAGACAAGGGACUGAAGAUAAUGCCAAAUUAGACUCUGUGUGUUAAUUACAGCUCCACAUUAAGAUGUAUGGCUAAGCACUUAAUACUAUACAAGAACAGACUUUGCAUAAUGUCCAGAGACUAAUUUCUGUGGUAGCAACAAUGGAGAUACCUCCUGCUGGUUGUGCAUACAAUGAAUCUUUACCACUUGCUUUCCACACUUGCCGUGGAUAUUCAUGACAGCAAUGGAACGGUAAAUGGUUGCAACCUUAAUCAUGAUUCUUCUUUUCAUUCAUUUUGUAUCCUUAAAAGUACCUUCCCAGUGUAAAAUGCUUCUUUGUUAGGGGUAUAUUAUAUUCUCAAAUAUAAGUCCAUCUGAUUUUCACAGUGUGUGUUUUGUGACACCAAGUGCAGAUAUGGGUGGGUUGUGAAAUGGUCCAACUUCUGUAUCUUUUACAAAUCAACAUUGCCUAUUAUGGUCUCUCUAAAUUUCUGUUCUUCUGACAUGCCCAUCACUGUAUGCCAUGUGAUCUGAAGAUUAAACCGAACCUGUAGAUAUUAAA